AUGGCCGAUUCGCCAAACCCUGCAAUGCUGGCUCCCCCGGCCGUCAUGGCUUUGAAAGAGGAGGCCGUUGGAACAAAGGACACUGGGUACAGAGGUACAAUGGAGAGAACAGUCAGCAUGGACAUCAGAGAGGAACGCGAAGACCUCAAGAGAGCCGCCGAACAGUCUCUCAACGCCAUCAUGGAUCUGAAUCUGGAUGGAUCCAUUCGCUGGGCAAGUCCCUCAUGGAAGGAACUCAGCGGAGUCGAGCCCGAAUCGAUGGUCGGCAAGACCAUGUCUGAAAUCAUUGUCGACCACAAGAAUAUUUUCACUGACGCAAUUGCCCUUAUGCGCAAGGAUGACACAAAGAGUCGUAUCAUCCGCUUCGCAAUUGCAUACCAACUACCCGUUGGAGGAAGUCCGGAAGUCACCAUCGAGAGCCCCCACGCCGAACCUGUAGCUCUCAACUUCUGCUCUGAAGACCAAGACAAUCACGAGCAUCUUGUGAACCUUGAAGCCCAAGGUAUAAUGGUAUACGAGAGAGCCACCGGAGAAGAGAGUCAUACGAUGUGGAUGGUCAAGCCUGCAAUCCAUCGUGAGAUAACCAUAGACCUCCCUGACGUUCUUGCUGAAUCUCUGGGAAUCGGUGCUCACGUUUUGGCGCAGUACUUAACCCAUUUGGCCGAGAUCGGCAGUGACGACCCAGCUGAUCACCCUCCCCCGCCUCCAGUACUGUGCCGCAUUUGCGAACGUCAGAUCACCCCCUGGUGGUUUGAGAAGCACACCGAGUUAUGCAUGCAGGAGCACAAGGCUGAGAUGGAUGUGCAGAUCUCCCAAGAGAACCUGACCGAGCACCGUGCUGCCAUUGUCAAGGUUUUAGAUGCUUUGGAAGCCCAGACACGCCAUUCUCGCCCUGGAGCAAACGAUUCAGGCUCUCCAUUACCCACUCCACUAUGCGAUUACAAAGGACAUCCCAUUGGUCCUGCUUCCCAGCCUUCUUCUGGCCCAUCAUCUGGCCGUGCAUCACCAGCUGGUCCUCAACUCAAGCCCAGGAGCUCUUCUAGAUCAGGCUUGAAUCAUCAACGAGCUCGCUCCUUUGCUGUUCGGCGUCCAUUGGCUCGGAUCGUUGAGCUAGUUCUGGAUCUCUGCGAUACUGCUCUAGAGAUCAGUCCGCCAGCCGUCAAAGACAAUUCUCAGGAUGGCGAGAUCAGAACCCAGUCUCCUCAAUCUGAAGGUAGAAUAUCACAGGUGUUGCAAUGGCAACCUCCAAACACCAGUACCGUGGACAACGAGCAUGGCCUUGCACUACUUGCCGAAGAUACUUCAGGCUUCUGCAAAGCCAAAGUCGAAGCCAUCUUCCGCCAUCGACGUAUCCUGGAAUACUCCGAACGCCUCCGCAUUGAGUUCCACAUUUUGGUACAAGAAUGCAUUGAUGAGGCUUUGGCUAAAGCUACGCGUAUUGCCAAUGGAGAGAUUAGUGACUCAAGCGAAUCCUCCUCCACUGAUGCGGAGAUCGAGGAGGAAGAUGAUCUUGAGGAUCAAGACAAAUUCAGCAAUAUUGGAGAUGCCAUGUCUGACAUAGACGGACCAAUGCCGCGCUUGCCCGAAGGCAUGCAGGAGGACUUUACGAUCAACCCGUAUGGAUCACCCCUCGCACCAUCACCCAUGACUAUGGCAUUGAGAAAUAUUCCAGAAGCCUCCUCAUACCGACGAGCUUCAUCAACAGGAGGAUCCUCGCGUUCGAACAGCCCCCACGGUGCGAGAACACCACGCUCCUAUGGUAGUGCACUCAGUACUUUGAUUCACCAGAAAAGGGCAUCGAUGCUAGCUCCGGAAAGCGACGCAGGCGCAGAGAGCGAUAGCAGCGUUCGUUCCUCACUGGCAUCUAUGCCUGUACGGACGGACUCGCCAGCUCCCGAGCUAAGCCUCAGCCGGGUCACUAGUACGCGUGAACACAAACGAAGGAGUCUUGUGCUUCCCAGCUUGGCCAACACGAGCAGACAGCAGUCGCCAACCCGAAGCAUUGCACCUUCUUCGCCUUUACGAGUAGCAAAGCCACGGGUACCAAGUGGCGGAGAGCCUGUUCCCUCACCACUUACCUCUCCGAUACUCUCACAUGAUCAUCAUUUCACAUCUCCGAUCAUCCGAGCUCAGUCACUACACCACCACCAUCAUCGCCGUCAAUCUUCUGCGACUCAGUACUCAGAAUCAUAUCGACCUCCGUCUUCGCCAAGAUUGAGUGCUGUAAACAGCAACCCGCAGCCCCGGGCGGUGCAGACAUCCAUCAAGGAUUUCGAGAUCAUCAAGCCUAUCAGCAAAGGUGCUUUUGGCAGUGUCUAUCUGGCCAAGAAGAAGGUCACAGGAGACUAUUACGCCAUCAAAGUGCUUAAAAAGGCCGACAUGGUUGCCAAGAACCAAGUCACCAAUGUCAAAGCCGAAAGAGCAAUCAUGAUGUGGCAGGGUGAGAGUGACUUCGUCGCGAAACUCUACUGGACUUUUGCCAGCAAAGACUACUUGUACCUCGUCAUGGAGUAUCUAAAUGGAGGCGAUUGUGCUUCAUUGGUCAAGACCUUGGGCGGAUUGCCUGAGGACUGGGCAAAGAAGUACCUGGCGGAAGUUGUUUUGGGAGUUCAACACUUACACGACAGGCAGAUUGUGCAUCGUGACUUGAAGCCAGACAACCUGCUCAUCGAUCAGAAAGGCCACUUGAAGCUGACCGACUUUGGCCUCUCCAGAAUGGGACUGAUCGGUCGCCAAAAGAGAAUGCAAAACAGCAAGUCCAGCGAUGCACCCGAUCUGCUCAAGCUGGGAAAGCGCGCGCCAUCAAUCGCAUCAUCUCGCUCUACCUCAUUCGACUUCAAUGGUAGCCAGUCUCCAGCACCGACUCCAGGCCUGACUCCUGCCUUGGCCGGAGAGCUUGGUCAGCCAUCUUACUUCAGCUUGACAAAAGGUGAUUCUCGUGAGCCUUCGAGGCGAACGUCUGGUCAUCGUAGCGACAGCGGGGAAAGCGAUGCCCUGGCCAAUAUGUUCCGUCGCUUUUCUAUCGUUGAUGAACCUUCUAGCUAUCAAAGACGAACCCCGAUCGAAGAGGAAACCGCUAGCGAGGGAGAGUCACCAGAACCUUAUGCAUUGCAACCUGUUAUGAGCCAUAUGAGUGGUCUAGGCACUCCUCCUGGACAAUCCGGCAUGCUGCCCCCACCGAUGGCUUUGUUUGACCCAGACGACAGCUCGCGAAGAUUUGUCGGUACACCAGACUACCUCGCACCGGAGACUAUCAACGGCAGUGGACAAGACGAGAUGAGUGAUUGGUGGUCCUUGGGCUGUAUCCUCUUCGAGUGCCUGUACGGCUACCCGCCUUUCCAUGCCGACUCUCCCGAGCAGGUAUUCCAGAAUAUCUUGGAUCGCAACAUUCACUGGCCUGAUGAUGAGGAUUGUCCCGUGACUCCAGAAGCCAAGGAUCUUAUGAACAGACUCAUGUGCUUGGACCCUAAGGAUAGAUUGGGGUCCAACAAUGACGAGAAGUUCGCCAAUGGUGGAGACGAGAUCAGAGCACACCCAUGGUUUGCGGACGUUGAGUGGGACACGCUUCGGGAAGAGGAGGCGUCUUUCAUCCCCGCACCAGCAAACCCGGAAGACACUGAAUACUUCGACUCCAGAGGAGCGACGUUGCAGAAUUUUAGAGCCGAGUUUGAGGAUCAAGUUUCAUCACCAGCUAACACGCCUGGUGCUGACUAUCCUGAACGGCCACACGAUGCCUUGUCCAGGGUUAGAAACCAGGUCAACUCGAUCAAACGAGGACUCAUGCCGCUACACAUACCUCCCCACGUUAGAGACGGUCGCAGCCGAAGACUCAGCGAGCCAGUUGCCGCGGAUGACUUCGGAAAUUUCCAGUUCAAGAACCUCCCCGUCCUGGAAAAAGCGAACAAAGAUGUUAUCCAGAAGCUACGUGCCGAGGCAAUGCAAGCUCAGAGCAAGAUUGCUCAAGGUCUCAUAUCUCCCUCGCCGGUUGUCGUCUCGCCCUCUGCUUCUGUGGAAUCAAGUCCAGUAGGACCCGCACCGUUGAAGCGCACGCUAUCAUCGAACAAGGGGAACAAUAGACCCGCUUCACCUUCGCUAUUGAGCAAGACCAAUUCAUCACCAAGCAGAGGUUCCCAACCCUCGUCACCAUUGCUGGUAUCCUUUAGUGCGGGUGGCCACCAUGAACGGAGGAAAACUUCAACAUCUUCAUCGUUGGCUCAGCAAAUCAGCAGUCUGCAAACGAGCAGUAAUCUACUGGAUGCUCCUAACUUACCAGCCGGUUUCAAAUCCUUGUCUGCAGCUUCGUCUCCCAUCAAAAUACCGAAGAGCCUGAAUGGCCAACAAAGCUACAUGCCAGAGAAGUCUUCUCUGCCAAACGGAAGACGUAGCAGCAUCUCGUCUCCGCGACAACGCUCACACACGAUAGGAUCUCAAGAUGAUGACAUGCCUCCUGGACCGCUCUCUCAGCACAAGCGGAGAAGUAUGGCAUUCGAUGCCUCGCCAUCCUCUUCGGACAAUGAAGAUCAACGGGCAAAGGCUUUAUUGCGAGUACAGCGCAGGAGACAGAGCACGCGCAGACUUUCUCAAAUCACUUUGGCCGAAGGACCUGCGUUCCGACCACUAGACGUCCUGAUCUGUGAGGAUCACCCCGUGUCACGACUCGUGAUGGAGCGGCUCCUUGAAAAGCUCCGCUGCCGCACCAUUUCGGUACAGGAUGGUUCUGAAGCGAUGCGUUAUGCUAUGAGUGAAGUCAAGUUCGACAUCAUCAUGAUGGAGUUCAAGUUACCACAAAUCAAUGGAGCAGACGUAGCACGCAUGAUCCGAGACACAAAGAACGCAAACUCGCAUACACCAAUUGUUGCGGUGACUGGGUAUCUCAAGGAUUUGCAAGCACCGCACUACUUUGAUGCACUGAUCGAGAAGCCUCCCGACACAGCCAAGCUGACCGAAGUCAUGAGUCGACUGUGCCAAUGGAAGCCUCCUCCGCCAGGAUGGACACCGGCUCAGCUACCCUUGAUGCCGUCCUCGAGUCUGCGCAGAGAGUCGCCUCUGACCGAAGAAAGCCCGACCACAAGUUCGAUAUCUGGUUAUGGCAUGCUCAGCAACAGCUUCCGGGGAUCAAGCAGAGAAGACUCGAUAGGAUCAAGUUCAAUACCCGAAACGGACAGUCCAUACGACUCAAUACCUGUCAUUAUCAGCAGACAUACCAAUGAUUGGCAAGAAGCAGAUCUUGAACGCCAAUUUGGCGGACUAGGUAUAAGCCCAGAGGAAGUGGUGCAUGCAAGAACGAAACCAUCGCCAGAAAUUAGGAUGCCGGCGUUGACAGAACAGACCUCUGCGCCAGCUAAACUAGAGAGCGGGCGUGAGGUGUCGCCACGGAAACAACCAUCGUCAGAGUCGAUAGAGGCGAGGAAGAAGUCCAUCGAAAUGGGAAGGCACGAGUGUGCCGAAUCUGGAGAUGACGAAGACGAAGAGCUGGGCAACGCUCAGAUCAGAGCACGAUCGCCCAAGUCUAAGACACGAGGAGCAUCAAAGCUAGGAACUGAGAUGUUGCGCACAAACAGCCAGGGGAGCGUGGUGUCGAACGAGGAGGUCAUGGCGACGCAGAACCUCAAAGCGACAGCAUCACUUACAGGAAACGAGGAAGCGGCGAUUGAAGAGGAGGGAGCCACAUUGACUCCGCCAGAAUUUUUCGUGCCGCGAGGUGGUCACAACGUUGUCGACAAGGACAGGACGCCACGGCCGCAUUACACGAGCGACCCCGAUCCUGAUCCGACGCCUCGGGCAUCCACAUCGCCGACGCGGAAAGAAUGA